AUGGAAAUUCAAGAAAUGGAAAUGAUAUUGAUGAUCUCUUUGUUCUUAACGACCCUCUUAGCCCUUCUCUUGCUUAAACCAGUCCUCAAACGAACCGCCACGAAAGUGAACUUACCACCCUCUCCAUGGCGACUUCCGGUUAUCGGAAACCUCCAUCAGCUUGGCCUCCACCCUCACCGUUCCCUUCGGUCCCUCAGCCUCCGGUACGGGCCACUCAUGCUCCUUCAUUUUGGCCGUGUCCCGGUACUCAUAGUCUCUUCUGGUGAAGCAGCUCAUGAGGUUAUGAAAACACACGAUAUUAAGUUUGCCAACCGCCCCAAAUCAAAAGCCGUUCAUAGGAUUAUGAAUGGUGGGCGUGAUGUUGUGUUUGCUCCAUAUGGAGAAUAUUGGAGACAAAUGAAGAGUGUAUGCAUUUUGAAUCUGCUCACCAACAAAAUGGUUGGAUCCUUUGAGAAGGUAAGAGUAGAAGAGGUAAAAGCAAUGUUGGAAAAGCUGGAGAAAGCAAGUUCUUCUUCUUCAUCAGUAAACCUAAGCGAACUCUUUAUUACUCUACCAAGCGAUGUUACGAGUAGAGUUGCCUUGGGAAGAAAACAUAGCGAGGACGAAACCGCGAAGGAUUUCAAGAAUCGAGUGAGGCAAAUCAUGGAGCUUAUAGGUGAGUUCCCAGUCGGGGAGUAUGUCCCAUGGCUGGCAUGGAUAGAUAGAAUCCGCGGUUUCAGUAAAAAAGUGGAGGAUGUGAGCCGCAAGUUUAGCGAUCUUAUGGAUAAAGUGGUGCAAGAACAUUUAAAGGCGGGUAAAGAAAAAGUGGAUUUCGUCGACAUAUUGUUAUCAAUCGAAGGAGAGGAGAGUAGUGGAUUCCAGAUUCAAAGAAAUGACAUAAAAUUUAUGAUCUUGGAUAUGUUUAUAGGUGGAACUUCAACAACUUCGACUCUACUAGAAUGGACAAUGACGGAGCUGAUUAGACAUCCCGCCUGUAUGAAGAAACUCCAAGAUGAGGUUCGGUCAAGUACUAAACCACAUACUUCUUACAUAAAAGAAGAAGAAGUUGAGAAUAUGAAAUACUUGAAAGCUGUGAUUAAGGAGGUGCUUCGGCUGCAUCCCUCUCUUCCAAUGUUAAUUCCUCGACUAUUGAGUGAAGAUGUCAAGUUGAAGGGAUAUCACAUAGCCGCAGGCACAGAGGUGAUCAUCAAUGCUUGGGCCAUCCAAAGAGACCCUGCGAUAUGGGGACCAGAAGCAGAAGAAUUUAAACCAGAAAGACACUUAGAUUCAUCUUUGGAUUAUCGCGGAAAAGAUUUAAACUACAUCCCAUUUGGAUCAGGAAGAAGGAUUUGUCCCGGAAUAGGAUUUGCUUUGGGUUUGGCAGAAGGGGCAUUGGCAAACCUUGUAGCGCGAUUUGACUGGACGGUAGAAGUUAAACCACCGGGGGAUCAAUCUGAUCUAGCUGAAGCCACCGGUAUCGAUGUUUGCCGUAAGUUCCCUCUUAUAGCAUUUCCAUCUUCGGUUGUUUAA